UGCCUGCGCGCCUCGCCCGGGACGUGCCCCGAGCCUGCAGCUGCUCGGCGCGGGGCCCCUCGCCGCGGAGAUACAGCCGCGGCGCGGCCGGCAAGGGUCUUGUUCUGGGAGUCUACUCUAGUGAAAAGGAUUGUGCCGCCCAGUUCACUAGUGCAGGAGAUGCUUUUGAUAGGCUUGUAUCUGGAAAGCUGAGAACACUUCUGUCCCUAUGUGGGCCACCUUUGAAGAAAGGCAAAACACGUAUAUUUCAUGGUUUGCAUCAGGUGACACCGGACUUGGUAAUAAGGCUCUCAGAAAUUUCAUGGAAGGACUUUCCCAGUGUGGUGGUAGUUGGCUUGGGUAAGAAGAAUGCUGGAAUAAAUGAACAAGAAAACUGGAAUGAAGGCAAAGAAAAUAUUCGUACAGCUGUUGCAGUUGGCUGCAGGCAGAUCCAGGACCUGGAGAUCCCUGCUGUGGAAGUGGACCCCUGUGGAGAUGCACAAGCAGCUGCAGAAGGUGCUGUCCUUGGAUUGCAUGAAUAUAAUGAGCUGAAGCAAAAAAAGAAGCCUGUAGUUACUCCUCAGCUUCAUGGAAGUGCUGAAAGUGAAGCCUGGCAGAAAGGUGUUAUCUACGCUGAGGGGCAGAACCUCGCUCGGUACCUUAUGGAGGCUCCAGCUAAUUAUAUAACUCCAAUCAAAUUUGCUGAACAUAUUGAACAGAAGCUCAAAAGUUUCAGCAAUGUAAAAGUCCACAUAAGACCAGAAUCUUGGAUAACAACACAAGAGAUGGGAGCAUUCCUGAGUGUAGCUAAGGGUUCAGCUGAACCUCCCAUCUUUCUGGAGAUUCACUAUUUAGGGGGUGCUAAUACAGAUGACUCCCCGUUGGUAUUUGUAGGAAAAGGAGUUACGUUUGACAGCGGUGGCAUUUCACUGAAGCCGUCAUCGGGCAUGGAUGCCAUGAGAGCAGAUAUGGGAGGGGCAGCAACUGUCUGUUCAGCCAUUGUGACAGCAGCAGCUCUAAAUAUACCUUUGAACAUAAUUGGUUUGGCACCCCUCUGUGAAAAUAUGCCCAGUGGUAAGGCGAACAAGCCUGGGGAUGUAGUUAGAGCCAAGAAUGGAAAAACAAUACAGGUAGAUAACACAGAUGCAGAAGGAAGACUGCUGUUAGCUGAUGCUCUCUGUUAUGCCCACAAUUUUAAUGCAAGGGCUAUUGUGAAUGCUGCAACAUUAACAGGUGCCAUGGAUGUUGCAUUGGGAUCUGCUGCAACUGGAGUGUUCACAAAUUCAUCUUGGCUUUGGACUCACCUCUAUGAGGCCAGCAUUUUGACAGGGGACAGAGUUUGGAGGAUGCCUCUUUUUGAGCAUUACACAAAACAAGUCACAGACUGUCCUCUUGCAGAUGUGAGUAACAUUGGAAAAUACAGCAGAGCUGGAGGAGCAUGCACAGCUGCUGCAUUCCUGAAGGAAUUUGUGACUGCCUCUCACUGGGCUCAUUUGGAUAUAGCUGGGGUGAUGUCGAAUAAAGAUGAGGUGCCUUAUCUUCGGAAGGGCAUGGCAGGGCGGCCCACGAGAACGCUCGUAGAGUUUGCAGCUCGAUUAAGUCAAGACAGUCACAAUGCCAAAUAAAAAUACUUGUUCU